AUGAAAUCAAUACUGAUGACAAUCAAUUACAAUUUGGCUGUUUCAACAUCGAAACCAUGGACGCUGUUCAAGUUGUUGCUAAAAUGGCGAGGCAGCAUCUGGAAAGCGGUCAUACUCGAAUUGGUCGUUUGGCUAAUGUUUUACGGUAUUCUCAGUAUCAUCUACAGAACGGCCAUGUCACACGAACAACAAAGGUGA